UUAAGUCGAACGGCCCGCCACCUGGUAGCAAAAGUCGUAAGUUCCGCCAUAUUGCAAAAGUUGGAAAAUCUUAAAUGGCGUCGUUCUCCGAUGUCCUCAGCCCGAGCUAGUUUUACUAGCCAUUGCCAACCAUUUUUUCCCGCUGCCCGCAAAAAAACUGUUGUGAACUUCAUACAGCGGACUGCGUAGAGUGACUUCUAAUCUCCUUCUAUUGGUUAGGCAGUUGUUGAAAAUUUUGAUUCUUUUUUCUCGCUCACCUCCCUAUCGAAAGAACGUACAGGCCCAAAUGGCGUUAGCCAUCAGAAUCACUGACGGGAUUACAGUGUGAAAAACUAGUCACAAGAACGUUUUUCCACUUACACCCGUCCUUUUUCUACCCUCCCAUCAACAAGAGUCUACACUCAUCUCUUAUAUAUUGAAACAAUAUACAAAAUUCUUAAAAGAGAUUUCUGAAUCUUGAGGUUGUGUCGAGUGUCAAGUGUCUUCGACUGUGUCAGGUGUGUCUUCUGUGUGCACUGUGUGCAGACUGUAGUUUACAGCUAUGUUCUUGGCGUGAGUCAAAUUAUCAUUACAAUUUUAAAAAUGAGCGGACGGCCGCGCACCACCUCAUUUGCUGACAAGACAUCUUUAAAUCCUUCAUUUGGUAAAGAUGGGAGCAAGGUCACCACAGUGGUGGCAACCCCUGGACAGGGACCUGAUAGAGCUCAAGAAGUGGCUUACACAGAUGCUAAAGUAAUAGGAAAUGGCAGUUUUGGUGUUGUCUACCAAGCCAAACUAUGUGAGACCGGUGAACUUGUGGCCAUCAAAAAAGUUCUUCAAGAUAAGCGGUUCAAAAAUCGCGAGCUGCAGAUUAUGCGGCGCCUGGAACACUGCAACAUCGUCAAGUUGAAAUACUUUUUCUAUUCCAGCGGAGAAAAGAAAGAUGAGGUGUUUCUCAAUUUGGUUUUGGAGUUUAUACCCGAGACCGUUUACAAAGUAGCACGUCACUAUAGCAAAUCCAAACAGACUAUUCCUAUAAGUUUUAUCAAACUAUACAUGUAUCAACUCUUUCGGAGUCUGGCUUACAUUCAUUCGUUGGGAAUCUGUCACCGGGACAUCAAGCCACAGAAUCUGUUGCUCGAUCCCGAGUCUGGUGUACUGAAGCUCUGCGAUUUCGGAAGUGCUAAGCAUUUGGUCCAGGGUGAGCCCAAUGUCUCUUACAUUUGCUCACGUUAUUAUCGGGCACCCGAACUCAUUUUCGGAGCCACCGACUACACCACGAAUAUAGAUGUUUGGAGCGCUGGGUGCGUUUUGGCUGAGUUGCUUUUGGGCCAGCCAAUCUUCCCGGGCGACUCUGGGGUCGACCAGUUGGUGGAGAUUAUCAAAGUCUUGGGCACACCCACCCGAGAACAGAUCCGUGAAAUGAAUCCAAACUACACCGAGUUCAAGUUUCCUCAGAUCAAAGCACACCCAUGGCAGAAGGUCUUCCGUGCUCGGACGCCAUUGGAAGCGAUCGAUUUAGUCUCGCGUCUCUUGGAAUACACCCCCUCGGCGCGCAUCUCGCCUUUAGAGGCGUGCGCUCACACCUUUUUCGAAGAACUUAGGGACCCUCAUACGAGGUUACCCAACGGGCGAGAAUUGCCCGUCCUCUUCAACUUUACUGAACAUGAACUGAAGAUUCAACCGGCCCUGAACGCCGUGCUAAUUCCGCCCCACAUGCGAGGCGCUAGCGGCCUGAUGGGCGUCAUGAACGCCACAUCUCCCUCUCAAGAUUCUUCAGCCACUGGGUCUCCUAAUUCGGCUGGUGGAGCGGAAGGAUCUUCUGCAGCAGGAGCUUCGGGGGCCGCAGGGGGUCACAUUCAUUCACCUCCUGAUGUCUGCUCUUCGACCGGUGAGACUCUUGGAGCCGUCGGAACUGCAUAGAAGAAUCGAAUCGAAUCCACGAAAAAGAAAAAGAAGAAGAAAAAAACUAAAAGACAAGACUUUAACCACCACCCAAUCGUCUCCUCCUAUAUGCAUGGCAGAAACAGGAGCUGAACCAAGGAAGAAAGGGGAUAACUUUUUUUUUUCUUUUUUUGAAUUAAAUGGAAGUUUUUAAAAGCUAGAAGUCUUAAUUAUCGAUUGCAACCGCUGCCAUGGAAACAUUCAUUAAGCGUUAAACGAAAAAAACGAAACAAGAGGAAAAAAGGGUGGGUGACGGGAAGAAAAAGAAAAACUCUCCCCCCAUUAAGGAAUGAAGGACUAGACUCUUUUUUGAAACCUCCCAACAGCAACAGCUAAAGAAUUGUAAUUUGUAACAAGAAGCAAAACUUAGAUUUUCAGGACAUAGUCUUUUGUGAGCGCGGGAAAUAUAUUCCUUUUCGGAUUCAUCGCCGGAGCUACGUCCCAGAUAACACGGUCCGGUUACCUUGGUUCAGGUUCUGGAUCGCGGACGUCCCUCCCAUGGUUUAUUUCCCACAUCAUUUGUUUGUUUUUUUUUUUUCCUUCUCGACUCCCCUUAUACCAAAUCGACGGAUUAGCAGAGGAUGUGUAGUUUAUUGCGAGUCCCUCUGCAAGCAAAAAUGGAAGCAAAAAACAAAAAAAAAAGACAAAAAAGAAAAUUUCACGUGUUGUAGAUCGUGUCGUCCUUAUCCCCCCCCCCCUCUCUCUCUCCCUUCCCAACGACACUCCAUCCUCUUUCCCUCCGUUUGUUGUACUGUACAGGAAGAAAACAAAAUCACCUGCUCGAAAGCCACCAGGUGGACUGAUGCGCGGAAAAUUUCUCCGCUUCACCUCGUCCUCCCUCAAGAAAAUCUCUCAUCACCCCCAUUUUAGGAGGAGGGCGGUUUCAUAACAACCCUCUCACAACACACACAACAAGCUGCUGUUGCCAAUUAAUUUGACAAAAUAUCCCUUUUCGUUCACACUAGCCCCGAUUCUUCCUCUUUAUUCAUUUCGUCGACAGCGUGCUCAUACCGUGUGUGCACUACGAUGCUGCUCCUUUACAUCCCUCCUAUCAUGGCUCUUAAAAAAAAACGUAUAUUUCUUCUUUCGAAACGUUCAAAACUCGGAACUUUAUAGACACCUUUUUUUCUCUCUCUCUCUCUAUCCCGCUGCUGCCCUCCCUCUCUCUCCUCGUCUGGCGUAACUGAGUGAAGCUGUGCUAUAUGUCUCACGUGUAUGUCCCUAUCCCUGAUUCCCGUUUAUUCUCUUUCAUUCUGGCUAUCUCUCUUUUCCCUUUCUUUCUCUUUCUCUCUCUGAUAGGUUUCGUUUCUUAUUCAUUCACAUCCCUCCCCCACAGCGUCAUGCCGAGUUAAAUUUUUUUUUUUUUUAUGAUUUUAAAAUGCAAUUUCAGUUCUGAGUAGGUCAAUAUUAUUACAUACAAAAGAAAAACAAAAAAUAAAACAAUUGUUUCAGUAUCAGUUGUAUAGCCACUACCUACUUGUGCGUGUGCUGCUGGGGAAAAAAAGACAAAAGAGGUGGGAGGAAAAAAUGUUAAAAAAUUUAAAUUUAAAAGGAAAAAAAAAAAAAAGAGUUUAGGGUCAGGCUUUUCUUCAUUCUACCCUUUCUUGUGUUGAAUUGAUCGACGACGACAAAGUUAUAAUAUGAUGAUGAUUGCACACCCUCUUAUUACCCUAUUACCCUAUAUCCUCUUUCUACCGUAUAAGGAAAAUCCCGUUGACUCUUUUUCUCUCAUGUCCUCGCCCUUGUUGACGUUUCCAUGUUCUCGAAAUGGAGAAAUUUUUGCAAAACCUCCCUCUCCCCAUUCUGCCCCUUUUCCCGAAUAUCCCAACCCGUUCUUUCCGCGCUAUAGAAAAGUGGCGAUUAAAGGAAUGCGAGAGACGUGUCUACAACAACAGUUAAUUAAUUGCAUUGGUGUUUAUGUCGCAUGGCUGUAUGAUGAAUACAAAAGCUUAUAAAUACACUCGCGUGUACUGCCCGAAAACAAAAUGUGAGGCUACUAUUUGAGGUCAUGGGCUCCAUCAAUCAAGUGUUUCAUAAUUAUGUAUGCAGAUGGUGACUUUUAGCCAAGGACAGCGUAAUGAAUAAUGAGGUAACUUUUGGCAAUGGAUAUUUCUUUGGAUUUCAUAAUUUUUUCUUUUCUCAAUCGUUGGAGUUAAUCUAGGAACAAACAACAAACCAAAUGGAAAUUGCACGGCGUGCGUCAGCCUUCAAAUGGCGAGCUAAUAUUUGGCACGUAUUACGGACAUUUGAUCGGACCUUGAUUAAGAUGAAAACAUUGUUCAAUCUGAUAACGUCUUCAAAAUUCAUAGCAGCGCUUCAACGCAGUCGAGACGAAUGGCCACAAGUAUUCAGGGACGAGAAUCACUGAGACGCAUUACGCACCGCAAUGCGUCGAUCGUGACGUGAAUCAAGUCGACGCUCACGCGCAGAAUGCGCAUACAAGACUGGCUCUAUUUUUGUCGUUCGGACACUUGAAAACUAAAUCCACUACCUCAUUACCGGAAUGACUUACCUAAAUUUAGAUGGUGAACGUGAGGGAAGUCACGGUCCCGGACCGCGGGACGAAACCAAAUCUGCAAGUAAAAACAAGUUCACCUGAAAGCUUUCCAGUUGCCACUUUGAAUUAGCCUGACAUUUAUUAUUCCGUCAUUUAUAUAGACUGCGACAUUAUAAGAAGACAAUACGCCAUCUUUGCAAUCAAGGAAAGGAAAUUGUAUUGGACAUUAUCUAAUUGAAAAAUUAUGGUUGUAAAUUUGAAUCGGGUUUAACUUUCAUUUCAGGAGCGCAGGAUCGAGGAUUACGGCUGGAUGGGCAGACCUUGGAAUUAAGAAGAAAACAGAAUGGCGUUAUUAACUGGACCUUCGUGAUAAUGUGAGUAUAAAUUUUUCAAAUUAAGAAACGUGUCGAUGAACGCUAUGCGCAUGUCGCAUUGCGUCAAUCGUGAUGGGAGCAUUCACACGCAUGAGAGAGACUGGCUUUAUUUGAUUCAUCCAGUCAUUUGCAGCAAAAAGUUCAUCGUUACCGCAUGACUUACCUAAAUCUAGCUGGUCGGAGAACGUGAUCGUCGUCACGGGCUCGAACAGAGACCAUACCAGAAUCUGCAAGUAAAAACGGGUUUAGCUGAGAUCUUUCCAGUUAGCUGCUUCUUGCCAAUCCCGCCGGGUAAAGUAAAAGAAUGCAAGAAAAAAAAGAAUCACGUACGGUGUUGUCUCCACGAUUGAGCAACGGCGCGGGAAUGUAAAGAGUUUUCGUUGGACCGAUACCCGAAUAACGACCGAUGUUGAAUCCAUUGACAAAAACGACCCCUCGAUUACCAUCGCCCCAUCCGACCGUCGUGAUGAAUGUGUCGGUAGGAUCGCCGGAAAUGCUCAGAGUAGCUUUAGUUAGUGUGGGGCUGUUGGCAGUUGAUGGCGGAGCUGGAGAGUUGUUCCAGUUUGUCAAACUUUGAAUGCCAAUUUCGUUUAAUUAUUAUUGAAUGAAACUUAACGCGAAUAACUUCCGUUUUCUUUUACCUUCGAACCCAAGCCGAUGUAAAUUCUAGUGGGAAUAUAGUCCAUCCGACGACUUCUUCGUUGUCCAAUAAAACAGGUCCCUCCGGUAAUCCGCGUUUCUGAUAGAAAUAACUCGGUGGUCCAAAGUUAUUCCUAAAAAAUUAUUUUAAAUUUAACUCUUUUAAAAUACUUUAUAUGGAUUUGUUGUGUACCUUGCCAUAUUUUCGACAAGCAAAUCUACCACGUAGGUCGCAUCACCUUUUUCAGCAUUAAAAUCAAAUGUUCGAUUCCUGAUAGAAUAUUUGUACGCACUUCAGAAUAAUCAGAGUUUUUGUUUUACUUAAGUUAAUUUACGGUUGGGGCCAAAAGCCGAAAUCAUUCAAUUGUGCGUCGUUUUUCCAAUCAGAAGUUAAACGUUGUUGAUCCAACAUUAAAACAGCCAAAUCUCUAACGUGUCCGAUGGUCUGAAUGGUGUGACUGCCACCUGUCAAAGUAGCUGAAUUUCGAUACAAAAUGUAUCCGUAGCUCUGACCGUUAUCGUUAUUGAUUGGAAGAUCUUCCAUGGCCAACAAGUUAUCCGACUGAAUCACCAAGUUGCUUGGCUGGAUGUCAUGUAGUUUGCAAUUAAAAUUAGAUUUUCAAUAAAAUUUUGACAUUUUUUAUUGUUACCAGUUGAAGAAGAAGAUCUUCUAGCGUCAGGUGCUCCGUCGUUUGGAUUUCAGGAUAAGCUGUUUUGACACUUUCGAUUGGCAAAGCUGGCAUAUAGAUGUUAGGAACUCUGUUGAACUGAGCAAUAAGAUCUUUGGCAGCAUAAUAUUUGUCAGUGUAAUCGCCUGCUUCGGUCAGUGGUGCAUCAUAAUCUGUAAAAAUAAAGUUAAAAAUCGUUUUGACUGAAGAACUUUUUAAUUUUUAGAAUUCGCACCGUAACUACUGAUAUCCGCUGCGUAAAAUGGAAAUACCGGAAGCUGAUUGGCGCCGUUCAUAAACCCGAAACUGGUUCCGCCGAUAAACAUGUAGAAAUUAACUGAACUAUUUCUGGUGAAGAUGCGUUCCAGAGUGUAGGAAAAUUCUGAUAGGACAGAUGUACAUUAGAAUUCUGGAUUUGUUAUAACGUUAUUUUGUUUACCUUCUAAAGAGGACCCUCCAUGAUAGCCUUGUCCCCAGUGAUCGAACUAUCAGAAGAAAAGAAAAGGUAACUUGACUUUCCUAAUCUGCAACUUUAACACAUUUACCCAUCCGCUCCAGAAUUCGGCAACCAUGUAGGGUUUAUCGGGUUGCAAAAUGUCGAGUGCGUCAAAUUCAGGAUCAGCAUUAUUUUGGAAGUUAGCUGUUUGAAGUUCUCCGGGAACGGCACCUAAAUCUGCGUUCUUAGUGGGUGUGUCAGAAGUGAAAAACAUUUCGGUAGCUCCUAGCGCAAUCAUUUUAUCUCUUAAAUGGAUAAGAUACUCCGUGUCACGCGGCUCGUCACGCACACCAAAAGCUCCGUAUUCGUUCUCUACCUGAUGCGAUAACAAUAUUAUUAACAGCCUGAAUUGAUCUUGACAUAAUUGGUGAUUUUAACAUUCGAUUUAAAAAAAUAAUAAAUAAAUGACAGGUAGUCAUACUUGAAAGGCGAUAAUAGGCCCAUCUCCUUUUUGGAAUUGCAAAUUGACCACUCUCGAAAAAACUUGUGUCAAGUAGUCAUCUGCUACUUGGAGGAAUCCGGGGUAGGAGGUGCGGACUUUCAUUUCGGGAUCGCGCAACAGCCAACUGGAAAGCGUCCAGAGACGAUUGCCAAUCGAUUCAAUUCACAUUAUUUGAAAUUUAUUGAUAAUUACCUUGGCAACCCACCGAAAUCCCAUUCACUACAAAUGUACGGGCCUGGUCGCAAGAUGACGAAUAGAUCUUCCUCCUGAGCCAUUUCAACGAAAGCAGUCACAUUUAGAAAGGCAGAAAAAUCGUUUUGCCCUUCACUAAAAUCAUAAUCUCCUCGACGAGGUUCGUGCAGAUUCCAAGGCAUGUAUCUUUAUGUAGUUUUUGAUUAGUAUCAGAUGUUUUUAGACCAAGAACUUUGUGUUACGUUUCGACUGUGUUGGCUCCAACGGCUCGAAGUUUUCUCAGGCGAUCGCGCCAUUGCGUCGGAUGGAUGCGAAAAUAAUGAACUGCUCCGCUGAUGAUGUGAAAUGGUUUUCCAUUCAAUAAAAAUCCAUCUUUACUGGCUGGAAUGAGUCCUGAUGUUCGGCCGCCUGCCGUGUAGUAAUCGUACCACGUAACAUCGUUCUGGGCCAGUGCCAGUAACGGUAGAAGGCAUAC